AUGACUUACGCAACUGCCGCGCCCGCGACCCCUGGUGGACAGGCAAACUCGCCGCCCCAAUGUCAGAACUGCACCACGAGCACCACACCGCUCUGGCGUCGCGAUGAGACGGGCUCCGUUCUCUGCAACGCCUGCGGCCUGUUUUUGAAGCUGCACGGCCGACCCCGACCAAUCUCGCUCAAGACCGAUGUCAUCAAGAGCCGCAACCGUGUCAAGGCGGGCGGACCAGGCGGCCGUAAGAAGGCUGGUGAAACAAACGGUCUUCCCGCUGCACACCCCAACGCCGACGGCUCGCUAGGACUCGCUCAGCACCGACGUGUAUCCGACAAGCUCUCGUCAGGGCUCUCCGACCGGUCGCAAUCGCCAAUCUCGCGCACAGGCACACCGAACUUUGCCCUUCACUCCAACAUUGCGCCUCAGCAUUUGUUUGAUGGUGCUCUCCACGGCGAGGCUGUGUUCCACUCGCCAUCUUUGCCUGGCUUUGGUCUCCGACAGCCAUCGCCUGGCUCCACAUCCUCCAUCAACGGCUCGCACCUCGAACCCCCGCUACCCUACGACACACUUGCUGCUCAGAACACCGCCUUGAAGACGCGCGUCUCGGAGAUGGAACUCAUCAACGACCUCUUUAGAACCCGCGUCAAUGAGCUGGAACAGAGCGAGCAGGCUGCGCGGGAAACGCAAGCGAAGCUGAUGCAGGAGAUUGAGGAUUUGAAAAGACGGCUGGACGACCGAGACGUGAUCGAGGACAACGACGACCGUCACAAGAGGCCGCGACUCAGUGAUCUAAUCGAUGAGAGCCGAGCCGGAACACCCAUUGAAGCAAUGGUGGAGUAG